GGUCGCAUGUUAAUUGCCCUAUCUGUUGUCCUUGCCGUUGUCAAAUGGCGGCGACGUCGGCGUCUUCGCUCUAGAAGAUUGCCAAUAAAAUAUGGGCCCUUGGUGACUAGAGAUUUGGUGAGGCAAGCAAGGCUAGAUGAACUAUAUAAUGGAACAGAUAGAAACUGCAUUCAUCAACUUCGGAUGAGGAAAGAUGUGUUCUGGAAGCUUGCCUCCCAUUUGCGUGAUUCUGGUCUACUAAGGGAUACUAUACACGUCUCGGUUGAAGAACAAUUGGCUAUGUUUCUGCAUACAGUUGGCCACAAUUUGAGAAAUUGUGUGGUUGCCUUCUAUUUCAAGAGAUCCGGCGAGACCGUAAGCCGGUAUUUCAGUGAGGUCUUGAUGGCUUUAUGUUCCCUUGCCAAAGAUAUGAUAAAACUUAGGUCUGUAGAGACCCAUUCAAAGAUAACCAGUAGCCCUGGGCGAUUCUACCCUUAUUUUAAGGUAUACUACAAAAUAUAUUUUCUUAAUAUUUUAUUUUCGAUAGCUAGUUUAUCACAAUAAUAAAAAUUUUGUGCAAUAUAGGACUGUAUUGGGGCACUUGAUGGCACUCAUAUCCCUGCAUUUGUCCCUGAAAAUAUAGUUAACAGGUUUAGAGGUCGUAAAAAUUACGCAACUCAAAAUGUGCUAGCAGCCGUGGACUUUGAUUUGCGGUUUACAUAUGUGCUUGCUGGAUGGGAGGGCUCAGCACAUGACUCCGUAGUUCUAAAGGCUGCCCUUAAAAGAUCAAAUGGAAUUCCAUUGCCUGAAGGUUAGCAUAUUUCUCCAAAUGAUUUAAGGCAUAGACUAAAUUUUAAUGAACCAAUAAAGCAACUAUCUAUUUUUUAUGUAGGAAAAUAUUACUUAGCUGAUGCGGGGUAUGCAGCGAGACCGGGUAUAUUACCACCUUAUAGAGGUGUUCGCUAUCACUUGAAGGAGUAUGGGGGUGGGAAAUAUCCAGAAACACCACAAGAGUUGUUUAAUCUUCGACAUUCCUCUCUUCGUACAACGGUCGAGCGAGGCUUUGGGAGCUUAAAGAGCCGCUUUAAAGUUCUUGCAAACAAGCCAUAUUUUCCAUUUCGCAUACAAGUGAAGAUUGUAAUAGCAUGCUGUGUGUUACACAAUUGGAUCCUUGAUAACGGUCCUGAUGCCAUCAUAUAUGAUGAAGAAAUCUGGUAUAAUACUUUGCCCAGGUCAGCUAGAGUAGCAAGAGAUCAAGAUGCAGAAAACAGAGAAUGGGUGGCUAAGCGAGAUGAAUUAGCUAAUUUGAUGUGGGUUGAAUAUUGAUGUAAUUCACUAUGCUAUGUACUAUAGUUGCAGCCUAUAUGUAUUUGUACGGUGUAUUAUUUAGCUUGUAAGACUUAUUAUUAUUAAGCAACAUAUUUUUCUGUUUUGUUGCCUUUUGUUUUCUUCACUGUAAUACUUUUCUGUAGUUCACUCAAUGGAUACAGGACAAAGCAACAUGAAUGCUAAGGGCAAGGGAGCUGAGAAAGCUAGAGGUUCAAAUCCAAGGGCAAAAGCUACAAAUUGGCCUCCAGCUAUAUCUGAAUACCUCCUUGAUUGGUUCAUUGAGAAGAAGCUAUCCAUGCCUCCAAAAUCUGUUUUCAAGAAGAUGCAUCACACAGCCUGUACAUCUGCAGUGAAUGCUAAAUAUGGCACUACCUAUACUGUGGAUCAAGUUCAUCGUCACUGGAGGCGGCAUAAGGAUACUUGGGGACUUGUGGCUAAGCAUAUGAAUGAGAGUGGCGGUGGCUUUGAUUAUGACACAAAGAUGUUGACUCUCUCUAAUUCUACUUUGACUGAACUCUCGGCAAAUGACCGUGGGAUUCUCUCUAAACCAAUUCAGUUCUUUGACAAGUUGCAAGAAUUAUUUAGUGGCUGCACAGCUGAUGGUUCUUUUAUGCAAGAUGCUUCCACUGCAGCUGGUCCAGACCAAGAUGAUUCUGAGAGACUUGACAUGCUAAAUGACAUGGCUAAUUAUGAUGACACAGAUGAUCCACAUGGGCAAGACUCAGACAAACUGCAGUCUGAUAGUGAUGACUGUCAAGAGGUGGCUGCCCUUGGUGCAUCAGUUAGCACUCAAGUUUCAUCAUCUAGUGUCAAGUCCAUCAAGCCUAACAAGAGAAAUUUUAAAAGGUUUGGCAAGCAUACAGUACCUGCUGCUGCACGGGUUGGUAGGGCCAGUAAGUUCAACACAAAACCGUCUCCUGCCUGUGCUGAUGAUGAUACGAACGUGGAGAUAACAAAUACUUUGCGUGGUAUCCAAGAGAACCUUGGAAAACCAGUGCAGGUUGCACCUCUUCCAGACCCUAAUGGUCCUCUAUGGGAUAUGCUCAAGAAUAUCGCAUUAACACCAGAUGACAGGCUUGCAGUAGGAAUGCACCUUUGCAAGCCAGAAUUUCAAGUUCAGCGCAGCUUCCUUAUCAAUAUGGGUCAAGAAUAUCUUGAGCGUUGGGUGUUCAACCAUUUAUCUGGUGGCGACCUUGGUGGUAACUGAAUAUGGCUUAUUGUAGUUGCAUGAUCUUUUGAUUAUGGCUGAUGGGUCUGUUUCUAAUGCACUCUUUUGGAAUCAGUAUGUACAGUAUGACUAUAUGCUAAUUAGGUACUAGCGAAGUGGAUAGUCAGAGAGAUGACAGACGGACAGCCUUGAUGUGCUUUUGUAUAUUGUUGGACUACUAUCUAAUCUUCAGUUGUAAUAUUUGUUAGUAUAUAGCUUGAAAACUAUGAAUAGAGCUCAUAUGAGUUCAUUACGUAUGACUUGAACAUGAGUUGCUGGUUUAUUUCUUCCA